GCAUUUACUGGCAUCUAUCACAAGGAAGUACAUAACUGGGUUUGGUCCGUGGUGUGUCGGUAUAAAAGUGCCAGAGCAGGAGGUUUAUUCGCAUACCACCUGACAACAUGAAGGUCCUGCUUCUUAUGGCGCUGCUGCUCCUGUGUAGCACUCAAGUGCUCACACUCCGAUGUUUCACCUGUGAGGAUGGACCGGACUGUAAGACGGAGACAGAAUGCCCGUCAUCAUCGCUGUACUGCAAAACCACUGCGCAUGGUGAGGAAUUAUCUCGAACUUGCGAGGAGGAUUGUGAUGAGGACUUUUUCACAAGCUGCUGCCAGGACGACCUGUGCUCGAACUGAUGCACCUCUCUGCUUUCCCUUUCACUUUCUGAUGAAUCAAAACUGAAUGAUUUACAUGAAUUUGAUAAAUGUGCAAGAUGAUUUAUUAGUUCUGUAAAAUUUACUGCGAUAGUCUUCUCUUUGGUUGUGCUUUCACUGGAUUCUGAUUGUUUUGGCUGAGAACUGUUGAGCUUCAUUCAUCAUCCCCAUUAAACUGCACUACACACUAGUAGUCACAGCCGUGUUCUUUUUCUUUUUUUAGUGAACGUAUGCUGGAAGCAGGGCAACCACACACACACACACACACACAAACACACAAACUUAAUCCCUUCCUGAUGUCACUUAGUGGGUCACUGCCGCAGCCGACUGCUAUGUGGGUCGCUCUCUGCCACCACUGAAAUGUAAAGUUGGACUCCCGCUGUCAUCUGUUUUAAAAUCACAAAAAAAAAACCAAAUAAAGAAACUGAAAUGAUUUAAUCAA